AGUAAAAAUAGUAUAGUCUAUGGUCUGAUUAAGCUAUUAUAGUCUAUGGAAUCUGUCUUUUGUAGAUUUGUGUAAUGGCGUCUAUGAAUUGUGCUAUGAAUACAACUCUUGAAUGCAGAUCAUCUUUUAUUUAAUAAAACAUGGCGACAGCGGUGGAUUUUGGGAAAUUGAUAACCGAAGGAGACAUGUGUGUCAACUGGGCGACGUUCAGAAGAAGGUUUGAAACAUACAUUGCGGCUUACCAUGCUGAUGCCAAAGAUGCACAAAAGAUUGGAAUAUUACUGUACCACGGAGGAGAAUAUUUACAAGAUGUGUAUGAUACUAAUAUGCUCAAGACAGAAACAACUAUUGACAAAAUACUCAUCAGAUUAGACGAAUAUUUCAUACCGAAAACGAACUUAACCUACGAACGUUACAAGAUGUUUACGAGGAAACAAGACCAAGAAGAGACAUUCGAACAAUAUGUUACGGCCCUUAAAAAGUUGAGCCAGUCCUGCAAUUUUGGAUCACUAAGGGACGAAAUAGUCAGAGACUUAUUUAUUUGCGGCCUGAGAAAUCCGGUACUGCAGAGACAAUUACUUGGGCUCAGCGAGUUGUCACUAGAAAAGGCAGUAGCAAUAUGCCGCCAUCAUGCGAUUGUAGAUGAACAAGUUAACCAAUUUGAAAAGGUUGGCGAAAUAAAAGUGAAAAAGGAAGUGGACAUAGACAUCAUAAAGAAGAAAAUGAAUAAUAAGGAGUGCCAAUAUUGUGGAUUUCGACAUGAAUAUGGUCGGUGUCCAGCUUAUGGAAAAACGUGUGCCAUCUGCAAGAGGAAAAACCAUUUUGCAAAAAAGUGUAGAUCCAAAAAAGUCAACAUAUUGGAAGAGUCUUGUGGGAGUGACACCGAGUACCAAGUGGCAAUUCUAGCAUUGGACCAAAAAACAAAAUAUCCCUGGUACUGUGUUAAACUACAAAUUAAUAAGUUAUUAAUUGACUUUAAGGUUGACUCUGGGGCACAAUGCAAUGUGUUAAGUGAAAAACAAUUCUUAAAAUUAGGAAAAUGUUCUAGUUUACAAAAAACAAAUGUCAGAAUUACUUCUUUCACUAAUGGAAAAGUUCCAAUUAUUGGUAAAUGUGUUCUUACUUGUCAAUACAAAACAGAAUCUUAUCCAAUUGAGUUCUACAUUGUCAAGUCAGAUUGUUAUAAUUUAUUAGGCUUGGAAACUUCAGAAGUUUUAGGUCUCAUUAAACGGGUCGAUGAAGUUAAUAAAAGCUUGAACAGCUUGGAGUCAGUUAUUCCAGAAAGAUAUCAUGAUUUGUUUGAUGGGAGUAUUGGAUGUGUACCCCAUAUAGUCAAAUUGGAGGUAAAUGAAGAUGUCAAACCAGUAGUGUCUCCUGCUAGGAGAUUACCUUACAGUUUGAUGCCUAAAGUGAAGCAAGAACUGGACAACCUAGUGGAAAAAGGAAUUAUUGCUAAAGUUGCUGAACCAACAGACUGGGAUAUUGACCGGGUGGCUACGUUUCAAGAUGAUGUGCUGUGUUGGGCGGAGUCAGAGGAAGAAUUGCAGAACAUUUUGAUAAAGGAUAUGCAGAUAUCACAGCACCAUUAAGAAAUCUCUUGAAAAGCGAUGUUGAUUAUAGAUGGGAACAUAACCAUGAGAAGUGUUUUGAGCAACUUAAAGAUUACAUAACCAAGGCACCAGUUUUAGCAUUUUAUCAGCCAGAAAAAGAAUUGACACUCAGUGUAGAUGCGAGUUCAGUGGGAUUGGGUGCAGUUUUGCUCCAGAAUGGGUGUCCUAUUGCCUAUGCUUCAAAAGCACUAACAGAUGUUCAAAUUAGAUACUCACAAAUUGAGAAAGAGUUGUUGGCCAUUUGCUUUGGAGUAGAAAAAUUUAAACAAUACAUAAUUGGUAGAGAUGCAGUACGAGUUGAGACUGAUCAUAAGCCCAUAUUAGGAGUCAUGAAUAAACCAUUAUGUAAAGUACCUGUGAGGCUUCAGAAAAUGAUGAUGCGGUUACAACCCUUUCAUCUGAAUGUUGUAUACACACCUGGAAAAUACUUAUAUAUUGCUGAUACAUUAUCAAGAGACUUUUCUUUAAGUGGGUGUGAUAUUGAAACCAAUCUUGAGGAGGAUGUAGAGUUGCAAAUUUGCCUGUUACUGCAUAACUUACCUGUCACAGUUGAGACCUGGCAGAGAAUUUCAAAGGCAGCUGAAAAUGAUAAGGUUAUGAUUAGACUAAAAGAGAUGUGUUCUAAUGGUUGGCCUAAAAUAUACAAAGAUAUUGAAGAAGAUAUGAAGGCAUACUACCAGCAUCGAGAUGAAAUAGUUUUAGUGAAAGAUCUAUUGUUUAAAGGCGACAGAAUCAUCAUCCCAAGAAUACUGAGACAAGAAAUGUUAAAAAGCUUGCAUACUGGUCAUCCUGGCAUUUCAAGAAUGGUGAGUAGAGCUGAAUUAACUAUGUAUUGGCCUGGCAUAGUACAAGAUAUAAAGAAAUUUGUAAAAGGUUGUGAAAUAUGUCAAAAAUAUCAGAAUAAUAAACAAAAAAUGGUUCUCAAGUAUAAGGAAGUCCCCAUGCUACCUUGGCAAGAGGUUGGAUGUGAUAUUUUUGAGUUUCAUCAGAAACAGUAUCUUGUGGUUGUGGAUGCUCUGUCUAACUACAUUGAGGUAAGCAGCUUAAAAGAUUUAAGAAGUGUAACAGUAAUUAAUCAGUUGAAGGCUAUUUUCUCAAGACACGGCAUACCUUUGAUUCUGUAUUCUGAUGGUGGAUUGUGCUUUGAUUCUGAAUUGUUUAAGACAUUUGAGCAUGACUGGAAAUUCACACACAUAAAAUCAAGUCCGCAUUAUCCAAAAUCGAAUGGUUUAGCUGAGAGUGCCGUUAAAAUAGUAAAGAAAAUAUUCAUAAAAUCAGAAGACAGCGGUGAAGAUCCUUUACUUGCCCUCUUACACCAGAGAAAUACACCUAGAGGUAAAGUAAACUCACCAGCAACAAUUUUAAUGGGGAGGCAGCUGCGGACGGAUAGUCCAUGUUCUUUUGUGACUCUGAUCCCUAAACUUACUUAUGAUAAAGACAGAAUAUUACUAAAUAAACAAAAAGAUUCUUCAAAAACUAACUAUGACAAGACGGCAAGUAAAGGAAAUGUUUUCAAAGAAGAUCAGUUAAUUAGUUUCAAAAAGAAACCUAUGGAUAAGACAUGGUUAAAAGGAAAAAUAAUACAGAAAUGUAACAAUCCCAGGUCAUACAUAGUAGAAAAUGAGGAAGGAAAUAGGUAUUGGAGAAAUGAAGUUUUCAUAAGACCACGAGAAGUACAGGUUGACACCCAGACGGCUCAAACACUUGAUAAUAUGCAAGACAGUCAAGACGCCCAGAUGACUCAAUUUGCACCAAAUGAGACAUGUACGGGACCGUGCUUACAAGAAGAAGAUGAACAGAAUAAAUCUGAAAUAGUGGUAACUGACUCCAAUGCACAGCUUCCGAAAAUGUCAAGAUCAGGUAGAUUAAUUAAGCGUCCUAUCAAAUACUCUGAAACCUAUUAAAUUUAUAGUAGCUCUUUGGACUUGCUGUAAUUGAAAGUAAUG